AUGCGUAAUCAUUCAACGUCCACUGGUUCAUCAUCUACAUCAUCUUCCUCAUCUUCUUCACCAACAACAAAACCACAAGAUGAUAAUGAAACAAAACCAAAUAUACAAGAACUAUUGCAACCAAUAAAUCAAACUUCAUCCUCAAAUGUCUCAACAUCAUCUGGCAUCGAGUCAGCCGUUACACAAAAUUAUACCAUUCUAUUACCAGUACAAUCUUGUCAUUCACCAAAGUUAGAAAAUACGCCAACAGCAAAUACUCCAAUAUGUUAUUAUGAUCCGACAAAUAAUACAACAAUGUAUAUGCAACAGCAACAACCACCUUAUGAUCCUCAGCAAACACAGCAACAACAAAUAAAUAUGAUAGACAAUCAGAAUAUGAUGGUUGAUAAUGGCCAUCGAUCCGGUACAAAAACGACGAAUGAUGUUUCACGUCGCAGUAACACACCAUCAAAACCACCUUACAGCUAUAUUUCGCUGAUAACAAUGGCUAUACAACAUUCGUCUAGUGGUAUGGUGACAUUAAAUGAUAUUUAUACAUUUAUUAUGGAGAUAUUUCCAUACUAUCGACAGCAUCAGCAACGAUGGCAAAAUUCCAUUCGACAUAGUUUAAGUUUUAAUGAUUGUUUUGUUAAAGUGCCUAGAGGACCUGAUCGGCCUGGAAAAGGUUCAUAUUGGACGUUGCAUCCCGACGCCGGUAAUAUGUUUGAAAAUGGCUGCUAUUUACGCCGACAGAAACGUUUUAAAUGUGCUAAACAACCGUCAAAUAAAUCUCGAGCGCAUAAUUCAAGAAAUGCGUCGAAUAACAUAUCAAAUACGAAUAACAAUAAUCAAGGUAAUCGUACAUUAUCGGAUACAAUGAGUAACAAUGCGUCAAGUGAUGAAUGCGAAUCGGAUGAUGAUGACGAGCAUAUAGAUGGUUUAAAUCAUCAGUCACAGCUUGUUAAUCAACAGAAUUUUCCACAAACAUUUUCGCAACAACAAACACUGGAAACACAUUUUCACAAUAAUAAUAAUAACUCAAAACGUUCAACACGAACAUCACCACAUAUAACAUUUAAUAAUUCAACAUUGACGAUAAAUCAUUUUCCACCAAAAACUACAUUAAUAUCAGAUCCAAAACACGAUGAAAAACAUUUGAACGGAAAAACAAUGCUUGUAUCACCGUCAUCAUCUAAUAAAACAGGUGAACUAUGUCAGUCUGUUCCUCAAUCACCUCCAGAAACUGUACAACAUCGAUCUCUACCUCGCGGACAAUCAUUACUAUAUGGAUCAAAUUCUGAUUCAACAACCGAUUCGGUCGAUGAUCGUUUACUAUGUUAUUCGUCGACAACAACUAAUCCAAUUCAACAUCAUAUAAUUCAUCCACCUUCGAUUAUUCCCGUUAAUGAUUUAGAACAAAAUACAAUUAAAGAAUCGCAAUGCACGUCUGUGUAUCUUGAAUUACAGCCAUUUAAUAACGGCGGUAGUGGCGGUGGUGGUAGUGGUAGUGGUGUACCGACAACAACUACCGUUUACUCUGCCGAAUAUCCGGGAACAUAUUAUUCCUUGCUGCCGGGUGCUGUAACAACUCAGACUGGUACGAAUACGUGUCUUGUUACUCGUGAGCAUGCUUAUAAUACCUACAAUCCACCACCACCAUCAACGGGAGCAUAUUUUUACAGUACAUUUUCUUCUUCUAAUGAUUACACACCACCAAUGGAAGGAGCUUCUAUAGCUCGACUUUAG